AUGCCGAAAACUGAAAUUGGAUUUAAAGAUAAGACGAUAAGACAAGCUUUUGUUCAGAAGGUUUUUACUUUGAUGACUAUCAUGAUAAGUGUUGUCACGGUUAUGUCAGCAAUUUCUUUAUUUUACCGUGAUGGCGAGAAAUAUCCACUUAGAGAUUAUCUGAAGAAAAGUUCGGGGCUUUAUUUCUUGUCAUUAUUAGUUUUUCUGGUUGUUUAUUUUGCUAUAAUUUGCUGUGAAAGUGCACGUCGAACUCAUCCGACAAACCUGAUUAGUACCGGAAUUUUAACUCAUUCAAUUGGAUUUCUUGUAUUACUUUCACAUUAUUAUCAUUUGAUAACAACUUUAUUAGGCUAUGGCCAUGACCUCUUACUAUUCCCUCGAUUCUGUUGUCCUAGCUUUCAUUGUUACAACACUCUGCUGUGGUGGAAUAGUCAUUUUCUCGCUGAUCACCAAACGUGAUAUCACCAGUAUUCUUGGUUUUGCGGUUAUAAUUGGAAUGGUUUUGAUACUUUUUGGAUUUUUUGCUGUCAUUUGGACAAUGAUUUUCCAUACCCGAACUCUUUAUCUAUGUAGUUUUUAAUCUUCCAUCCCAUUUUUAAAUAUAUUUUUCAGAUUUAUGCCGGUAUUGGCACCUUCGUCUUUAUGUUAUAUUUGGCUAUUGAUAUUAAA